CAGCUACACCCAAGAAGGUGUUAGAUAGAAAAGUGAGAAAGAAAGAAGCUACUAAAUAUGGCCGAGCAGUGCUGUUACUACGAGGCACUGAGAAAGCAGAGGAUACUGGAUAGAGCUUACGAAGCAAAAUGCAGGAUGCUGAGUGCACAAGAGAAGCAGGCUGGCUUUGUUGACAAAGCAGUUCAAGCUGACGAGGCUGCAGCUCUCAAAGCCACCCAGAGCAGCAGCAAGACGGAGAGCAAACGUAAGAAACGUGCAGAAGCAAAGAUUUGUGCUGUCCGGAAAGACUUACACAAGCAAGAGAUGGUGCUUCGAGAUAGUAACUUAGUCAUGGGGUACGUCUCUCCAAAGCACGAACUGAGCCUCCGAGAACCACAAAAGACCAAACAUUGAAGAAAAAUUCUAGUAUUUAAGAAAUGCCUAGCAACCUUGGCAGGGACUCUAAUUUGUGUAUUGCAAACAGUAAUUAUGCAAAAUUAUGCAAUAUUAUUGUUUUUCAAUGUUUUCCCUUCACCUUUCCUAAAGCGGCCAUUAUUGCA